AUGGAUUUCGAUGCGAUUCUCAAGCAUUUAGGAUCGUUUGGGAAAUAUCAAAUCAUUCUUUAUUGCUGCAUGGGAUGGCAGUCAAUAUGUGUUGCCAUGAUGAACCUGAGCGCGGUAUUCUUUUUCUACGCCCCCGACUUCAGAUGCGCCAUCCCAGGUCUAGAGAAUGACACCUUUGAUGUUGUCGAUGCCCAUCACGAGUCUCUCAUCAACGCGACCAUUCCGCCGGGAGAGACGUGCAAAAUCUACUCGGCUGGUGGCAAAGGGGUUAACCAGACCAUGGAGCCGUGUUCGUCCUGGGUUUAUGACAGGAGCUUAUUCACAUCUACUGCUGUCACGGACUUUGACCUGGUCUGCAACCAGGAGAUCUUCUCUUCUGUGGUGACCAUGGCGUACAUGUUUGGCUUCCUGUGUGGGGGAUUCAUAGGCGGGGCAUUAACUGACAGAUUUGGUCGUCUGACGGUGUUGGUCAUUGGGACAUUCCUGCAGGGUGCCGCUGCUGUCGGAUUUGCCUUGUCCGUUAAUGUCUACAUGCUGAUUGCGUUUAGGUUCCUUAUGGGCCUCUUUAGCAUGCCAGCGUAUGCUGCUGCAUUCGUUUAUGCCAUGGAGAUCGUCGGGCCGGAUAGGAGAACUGACGUUGGUCUAGGAAUCGGUAUCUUCUACGCAUUUGGGACUGUCUUCGUGACACCACUGGCAUACUUCAUUCGGAACUGGGUCUACCUCGUGAUAGCCCUCACUGUGCCAUGUCUCCUAAUUGUGCCGUACUGGUGUCUCCUGCCGGACUCCCCGCGCUGGUUGAUAGCGAAGGGAUACAAAGAAGCAGCCGUGAAGUUCGUGAAGAAAGCAGCGAAAGUGAACAAGAAGAUCGUGCCAGAGAAACUACUUCAAGACGACGAGACAGACUUCAAGACGAUCGAAGAUGUGCCAAAGGGAUCCAUCAUAGAGGUGUUCAAGAAUGGAUCGCUUCUGCGGAGGACAGCUAUAGUUUUCUUUAAUUGGGGCGCAGCAGCGAUUGGAUACUACGGUCUGUCUCUUAACUCAGGCAAUCUAGUAGGAGACAUCUUUGUUAAUUUCCUGGUGCAGGGAGCUAUUGAAAUCCCGGCAAUCCUCUUCGCGAUGUUUACCCUGGACAGGAUCGGGAGGAAGGGACCCCAUGUGUUCAGUAUCAUGCUCUGCGGCGUGUCCUGCUUGGCGACCAUCCCUGUCGUCUUUUUCGCAGAUCAAUCCCUCAACUGGCUCCUGGUCGUCCUUUCGAACGUUGGCAAACUCGGGGUGACAGCAGCCUUUUCAAUUAUAUACGUGUAUACUGCAGAGUUAUACCACACAACCGUCCGAUCAGCCUCCAUCGGAGUAUGUGCUAUUGGAGCGAGGGUGUUUUCCAUGGCAGCACCCUACAUUGCAGAUUUGGGCAAACUUAUCGGUGGUAAAUACGCCCAGCUUCUACCUCUGGUCAUUUUUGGAAGUGCAGCCAUAAUCGCCGGGUUCUUGGCCUGCUUUCUGCCGGAGACCAUGGGCAACGAUCUGCCUGACACCCUGGAAGAUGCGCUUAACCUGGGCAAAAAAUCUAAGAAGAAAGGAAGAAAGAAAGAAGACCAAAUACCGGCAGACAACCCAGGUUUCGUUACUAAUGGUGACAUUAGCCUGGAGAUGAAAGAAAAGAAAUGUUAG